AAUGUACGUUUGCCAUAUGAAGUAGAUUUUCUAGUCUUCAGGUUAAACCGUUCUCUUUCUCGCUCACACACACAUACUCAUUCGUUCUAGUGGUAUCUUUCGGCCAAUAGACAGGUCAGCACAUGUGACUCUCACACUCUUAUUUGUCUACACGUCAUAGUCAUUUUUUGGCUGGCCAAUCCUUUCCACGUGGCUGGUAUAAAUUUUAUAUUGCGUGAAGAAUGCGUCAGACUGAUUUAUUUUUUGAAAUCGAUCAAAACGAAAGGGAGACGCGUACAGUGUGCAUAUAGCAGGAUGGAAACAUUGAUAUUAACUACAGCAAUAUCGUUAUCAUUGAUUCUAACCUGUUGUUGUACGUAAUACUUACUACGUACUCAUGCUAUGAACGAAAAAUUAUAGAAAUUAUUUCGGAACAAGGCAGACUUAAGAAUUUUCCAGUUAUUUUGAUAAAACUAAAUUGUAUUCAAUUUAAUUCUAACUAAAGCACCUAGAAAAAUAUAUUUGAGGAAAUGAGUGUAGAUACGACACAUUUUGGUUCAUGACUGAUCUGCUGCAAAUUUCGGGGUAACAUUAUACAAGAAUAUAACUAGUUUUUACAAUUCUUUUGUUUUACCAAUGUCGACGAUGUCUACUUGUUCAAAUAAAUUAACAAAUGAACGUAAUAGUGGAAAUUUAUCGACUACACUGAUUGAAAACUUUAAUAUACAUCAUCAUGGUGUUCAUAGUAAUCAUCAUCAUCAUGACAAUACAUUAUAUCCAAUGAAUCACAUGGCUACACUAAGUCCAUCUCAUUUUGCAAAUGAAAACCCAUCAGAACAACGACGUCAAAUUACAUCGUUACCCGCACCGCAUUUAUUGUUGCAAUCAAAAUCAGAUUAUUCACGACCAUCCGUGUUAAACACACACAAUCAUGGUAAUAACAAUAAUAAUAAUAGUAGUAGUAUUAAUCGUGCUAACAAUUCAUAUUGUACAUCGAAUAGUUUAAACUAUUCAAAUAAUUCAGAGGCUGUGAAUUUGAAUCAUUGUGAUCAAACUAUGGAGAUUAAACAACCAUACAUUAAUACAACAACGCCUACUACUACAAUCACUAGUGCUGCUGUUAAUGUUACGAAUAAUUAUCAUAAUGGUACAAGAAAUAAUUACAUUUAUCAACGUAAUAAUUUACUGAAUGCUCAAUAUGAUCAUUUGACUGAUUCUAUAGCCUAUAAUGAUAGUAAUAAUAAUGAUAACAAUAAUAAUGAAUACAUGAAUUAUUCAAAUAUACCAGAAAGUGAAUUCGGACAUUGGAAUACUAGUUCUCUUACAGAUGAUCUGAAAAUCAACUCUAGAUCAGGAUUUCGUCCUCAUAUGAUUGAUGAUACUCAACAAUUGUCGUCAUGUGUAAAUGGGUUUCCAGUAUUAUCACCUACUGGGAAUACAACAGUUUUCUCGAAUAUAAAUCGUUGUCCAACAACGUGUCCAACACCUAGACAUGACGAUCAUUCAGGACAUCAAACAGGAUCUCAUAUAACUGCAGGUAACCAUGCACAGCAUCAUGCAUUUCAAGCCGGUGGAUAUUGCAAUAUUGGUGAUAAUGUUUAUGAGAAUAGAUCACAUAGCCCAUCUAAUUUAACUUGUGGACAAAAUAUACUUCAGUCAAGAAUCAAUUGUGAUGUAAAGAAUCCACCCCAAGCUUCUAAUCGUUCUUCACGUAGUGCCUCCACACCAACACGAUUAUUGGUUGUUUCAACAGCAAGUCCUGUGACAAGUACAAUUACCAUGACUCCUGAUUCUUCAACUAUAGGUUUUUCAGGCAAUAAAUUUGGUUGCUCAUCAGAUGAUGGUGAAGCAUCACCUACGCCGACAUGUAGCAGUGGAUGUCCACAAACUCCAGGAAGAACAAGGAAACCUGCACCUACAUUAGCUACUGGGCGAAGAAAUCUGAAGGGCGAACUAGUUGACCCAGAUGAAGCAGAUCGUCGAAUGAAACGACGUGAACGAAAUCGUAAAUCUGCACAAAAAUGUCGUGAACGUAAAGUUCAACGAACACAAGAAUUACAAUCACAAGUUGAAUGUUUACAAUUAGAAGCUAGUAGAUUAAUGCAAGAAUUAGAAAGUUGGCGUUCACGAGCAAAACAUUGUGUUAUAUUAUUACAACGUCAUUGUCCUGGAGUUGCUGUGCCAUAUUUGUCAUGUUUAAAUGAAGUACCAGCAUGUUUAAAUAAUUUCAAAGAGCCUUUAGAUGAUUUAAAUGAUUUAUUGACAUCAGACAAGAAUAUGGAAUGUGAAACUCAACAUUAUGAAUGGAAGACAAAAACACUUGGGAAAACGUACACUAUAAAUGAAGUAUCAGAUGAAAAUUUCAUUUCUAAUGAAUCGUCAUCAUUACUUCCCCCGGUAAAUUUGUUACAUUCCCAUAUAACACCAAAUAGAUCAAAAUCUUUAUUUGGAUUCUCUUCAAAUAAUUCUGUAAAAGACAAUGAAAAUCGCAUUUUUACACAAAAUUCUGAAUCUAACAAGGUGUCAACUCUUAAUCAAGAAGAUCAUGAUAUCUCAGAUUCUAUGUUAAUUCCAAUGUCAAGAAGUACUUCACAAGUAUCUGUACGUGGUCCAGCCUCUGGUUCAUCAUCAUCAUCUUGUUCCACUUAUGAAUUAUCAUUUCCUUCAUUGGAAAAUAACUCUCAUAGUUUAAGUGAAACUAUUACAUUUAAAGAUUAUUCACAACCGAAUCUUAUAUCGAUUUUAGGCUCAAGAGAUAGAUCACGUUUAUUAAGUGGACAAGAUCUGUUAGAUAACAAUUCAACAAUAAUCAUGACAAAUAAAUCAAUCUCAGUCGGAAAUAGUACAGGGAAUAAUGACAGUAAUGGUUGUAAUACUACUACUAAUAAUAAUCAACAAACAUGGGGCUUGGAAUAUCAUGAAUCUUCUGGGAAUAAAACUAAUUCAAUGGAUUGUUCUAGUCCUUUGUCACCAUUGACAACUACAUCUUCAACAAAUGUAGCACUUAACCAAUUUCAAAAUAAUAGAGAAUAUCAAAUCAAAAUGGAAUCGAAUUGUUAUGAUCCACCUAGUAACAGUAGUAGUAACAAUACACAGGUAUCAAGCAAGACAUAAACACAACCACAAGACAAUAAACCGUUCUUGUUACUUGUCAUCGAUUUAUUGAUUUACAGUAGUGAUGCUUUUAAUAGUCCCAGGAUUUGAGGAUCAAGGAAGACAAUUCUAUAUUCUAAUUUUGUUUUCAAUCGGAUGUGCGUACGUUUUUCAUAGGACACUUCAUUGAAAACUUCAUUUAUUCAACGUUGAUUAAUUCAUUGUUGUUUCUUUUUUUACUAGGAAAAACAAAAUUCUUGUUUUUGUCGACUUUUUUAAAAUCAUUUUUAUCUUGUUAGGUUUAUUCAAAAUGCUGUUGGUGGAUGGGGCGUAGUUCAGGGAAUCCGAAUCUUUCCUGUUAUUAUUUUUUUUGGAGACAUUUUCACUUUUCCACUUCCUUUUAAAGCGCCAUCGCAUCUAUUUAUUACUCAUUCUAACACACUACUAUUAUUAUCACAGUAAUAGUAUGAUUUUUUUAAUUGCUUGUUGACAUUACUCCCAUUACUACUGCAAUUCCUGAUGUUACUGAUACUUUCCAUUAGUGUAGUAUUAGUUGUACGUUGAAUUAAUUUUUUUUAGUAUUUUGAAACAAAGUCGGUGACUACACAGAACGUUUCCGGUGAUAACGGAUUGUGGGUAUUUCAACAAAAUUGCUUACCAUUUUUGAUAGACACUUUUUUUGUACGCUGUAUUUUUUCGAACUUAUUUGUAUUCACAGUAAGUGAAAAAGUAAGUCACAUAGUUCUGUGAGAUAAUCCUGGUGGCUGAAAUUAUUCAGAAAUACAACAUUAUAUAAAAUAAACAUUCAUAUACACAUAUAUUGAACAAUGGCCAAUUCAGGAAGGCAGCUCUGCUGUCAAACUUUUCUCAAGCAUUCAUAAGUUUAGCCUACUACUACAAUUACUACUAUUAGUGAUCUAUUCGAUUAUACUGAGUAGUAUAUUCAACGUACAAGACAGAAGUUGAAGUCAAUACUAACAUUUAAACCGGUUGAUGUUUGGCUUAACUUAUGACUCAGUUGUUCUGUUUUCUAACGAAUUUUUCAUUUUUUUCUAUGAUAACUUUUUUUUUUAAACGAAGCUAUUUCAUAUUGUGUUACUCAAUAUUUACUAUUGGCUACUAAUAUUAAUUUCAUAAUUUUUUUUGUUAUUAUUAGUGUACCGCUUACACUACUCAUUAUUCUUAUUCUUAUCAGCUGUUUAUACUGAAUUAUUUGAUAUAUAUAUUUGAAAUGUAUUCAUUAAAACAUGAAUAUUCCACGUAGUGCCUAAAAGCCCUACUCCUCCUCUUACAUCUUCCUGAUACCAGUGCAAUGAUAAUAUUUAUAUAUACGCAUGUAAGCUGCUUCUGUUAACACAUACAUACUACUUAAAUGAACUAGUAGUUAGUAUAUUAACUUAUCCUGAAAAAAAAAAUUGGUUCGCUAUUUCAUUCAUAAUAACUUCGAUAUUGUUAUUUAAUCAGUUUUCUUUCUUUUUCUCGUGAUGUUUCUAUUUCUCUCCGUCAUUUUUGUUGUUUUAAUCUAGCGAAUAUUCAAAUUUAAACAUCGGUGAAUUUUUACUACGCUUCAAUUUAGUGUAAUGCACAUGUUUAGCUCAAUUAUUCUCAUUUUAUAAUACAAGAAAAAUGAUUUAUUUGUUAGGAUCUUGAUUUUUAAAAAGAGGCUAUGAUAACUGUGAAAUGGUGAUAAUACAAUAGGAGGAAGUUAUUGUUUCUUUCUUACGUUGUUCAAUUGAUCUAAUCUGUUUUGUUACUUCAUUGUCUUUAUAAUUAUGGGUUCUGAUUUUGAAUUGGGUUUUUGUUUUGCCUUCAGCACUCUUGCUAAUUAAAUAAUUUACUUAUUUAUUCAUUUAUUAGUUAAUUAAUAACAUUAUUGUUUGGUAUCAUUGUCAUUAUGACAAUGUUAUUACUUUUUGAGUUUUUCGUAAAACAGUAAAUUAAGUUAAAGCUAAUCAUGGAUAAAAUGGUUGAAAAUCAAUUAUAUGGUCUUUCUGCUUUCUUUUU